AUGUCAGAGGCGUUCUUGAGUCAGCAGCCGCACCCGGUGAAUCAGACGAGGGACGCGGGAUCGUCUGUGAUGCAGAUGCGCGUUUCGUGGACGAGCAACGGCCUGGAUGUUCACGUCCCACCCAUACGGUAUAUUUGGCGUGGGAUGCACCGCUCCAUCAUGGACAACAUCGACAAAGUCUCGGCCAUGGUGUACCCCAUCCCCUUCUCGUGUGUUGUCGCCUGCGCUGCCGGGUCGUGCGUGUGGGUGUGGUAUGUACCCCAGACCUCCUGGGUGCACACCAACCCAGCCAGCACGUGGCUGCGCUACUUUGACUCCAUCGUGUCACCGCUCUCGCGGCACCUUCCUCCGACCUUGCAGGCACCCGUACUCUGUGCAAAGGCGUGGGCUGUCACGCUCGCCGCUGCGACAGUGCUGCACCGCUUUGCUUUACGCAGGCUGCUACAGUACAAGGGAUGGAUGCUGGAGAGAAACCCCCAAAUGCCGUCGUGGCGCACGCGCCUGUGGUCGCUGGUCGUGCGCGCCUUCUUUACUCGCCCAUCCAUUCCGAAGACACGGGUGUACGGGCGCUGCCUUCCCAGUAUACCGCUGCCCUCGCUGCAACAGACGGUGAACGGGUACCUGUCUGGCAUGCGGGCCAUUUACCAUCAAAGCGACAGCGACGUCAACGAGUGGUUGGAGCUGCGUCGAUCCGCUGAGUCUUUCUUGCUCAACGAAGGCCCAUCACUGCAGAUGCACCUGCGACUGCAGCAUGUGAUGGGCCACAACUACAUGUCUGAGUUGUGGACCCGCAACGUCUUCCUCGCCGCGCGUGACUCGCUGUGCUUGCACUCGAACUUCUACACCGUUCCUUUCGCGACGCACCUGCCCACCACUCUCCCCGAGGCGCGCGCUGCUGUGCUUAUUUACCUGCUGACGCAGCUCAAGGGCCGCAUUGAGUGCCGUACGUUGUGCCCCAACUUCACUGGCCCCCGCCACUGCGUGCCUCUGUCCAUGGACCAGUACUCGAUGGCAUUCAACACAACUCGCAUUCCUGGGCGCGAAGUAGACAUCCUCGAGCACCACGGGGAGCGGGAGAACGGCUACCUCGUCAUUCUGCACCGCGGCCGCAUUUAUCAAAUGCCGGUCAUGGACCCGCAGACAGGUCGCCAGCUCACUCCGCAUCAGCUGGAGGUGGUGCUGCACCAGCUGCUCGUGGAGGUGGAGGAGGAGGUGAGCACCGGCCGCGACGAGUCCGAGGAGGACGACGCGGAGGACACGCUGGAGACGCUCGGGAAGAAGCGCACGUACCGUUUAGUGGAGGCGCUGCUGCCUGCCCUGACUACUGCACCCCGCGCACAGUGGGCCGACGUGCGCAACAGCUACCUACUUCACGACUCCAACAACAACAGCCCUUUGCGCGUAAUCGAGAAGGCAAUAUUCGUGGUCAGCUUCGAUGAGCGAUGCGGGACAACAGGCACAUCGAAGGCGAGCUUAGCCGUGGAGGACGUCAAGCGACUAUCCAUGGACUGUAUCCACUAUCUCUGCGGCACCGGCUCCAACCUGUGGUGCGACAAGAGCUUCAAUCUCGUCGUUCGCUCUGACGGGCAAGUUGGCCUGCACGUUGAGCACUCGUGGAGCGACAUGUCCACGUUUCUCGGGUUCUUUGAACACGUGUCUGCGCAGGAGGAGGCUGCCGAGCUCUGGUACGACACGAAGACCGGGCACGCCAAGAAGCUGCCUGAGGACAAGCGCCGUGCCAAGCCGUUCCGCGCUCCCGACGUCGACAGCCCGUUGUGCCCGAAAAGGCUGCGCUUCACCAUCCACAAAAGGCUGGCGGCUGCUAUUCGCCAGGCGCACACCGAGUUUCUCUUCAACCUCAGCUCACAGGUAGACCUUCACGUCGUGCGGUACAGCAGGUACGGCCGUGAAAUACCCAAGAGCCUGGGCUGCAGCCCUGACGCGUGGGUCCAAAUGGCCAUUCAGCUCGCCCACUACAUUGAUCAGGGAGGGCACAUCAGCCUCGUGUACGAGUCUGUUCCGCAGAACAUGUUUGCGAAGGGUAGGACGGAGGCGGUGCGCAGCGUCACUGAUGUGAGUGCCACCUUUGUGAAGGCGAUGGCCGCCACUGGAGGCGAGGAUGACACCAUGUCUGCAGAGGUGAAACGGGCACUGUUGGUCGACGCCUGCGCCAAUCACCAGCGCUCCGUGCAGGAGGCUGUGGCAGGAGGCGGCGUGGACAGACACCUCUUCGCGCUGUUCAUGGCGAGCGCUAGCCAGGGAACGCCUUCCGACUUCCUCACCGCUGCCCUUCGCAAGACCAAGUGGAAAGUGAGCAGCGCGCAGGCGCAGCAACGCAACUUGCUCGAUCGCCUCCACCCUGCAGAUGGCGGCAACUGGUAUCACGAGACGCCCGGGUUCGGCUUUGGCCCGGUCUCCCUCGACGGCUACGGCGUCUCCUACUGCUUCUGUGCCAACGAGGUGCUCUACGUCACCAUCACGUGCUACAAGAACUGCGACACCACGUCCUCACGUGCCCUAGGCAAUCACAUAACGAGGGCCCUCAACAUGCUGGGAGACCUCAGCGCGUCUCCUCGCGACGCCUCAGCGCCCCGAUGA